UUCUUGAACAAUCAGCUUUGUUUCCACAAUUUUUGGAAUUGAACUUAGAUUUUACAUGUCCCACCAAACCAAACUCUACAACAUUAGAAAUUGAACCUAGUACAAGUUCUUUGAAGUUGGUGCUUAAAUAUUCCUUGCAAUAUGAUUCAAAACCAGCCAAAGAUCUGGAAGAAGUGAAAGAAGAGGCUGAAAAAGUAGCUAGCGAAAAGCAACAUAAAAAAGAGAUAGCUGCUGAAAAACAAAUUGCACGUGAAGCCAAAAAGACACAAAAAGAAGAGAACCAGAAGCAAAAAAAGCUAAGAUGGAAU